UGUCGACAAAAUGAAUUCACUUCUAACGGAUGAAACAAAGUUCCAAAAGCUUAGCAACCUGACAGAUAUAGACGGAAAAGCUGAAAAGAAGUUAACCAACACGCUUAAGGAGCUGAGAAAAAGUGGAGUAAUCUCAGAGGAAGCCUACAACCGUCUUGAAACCUACUGGAAGUAAUACCUCACGACUGUAUGGUUUGCCCAAAGUACAUAAACAAGGACUUCCUCUUCGCCCAGUCCUAGAUAUGUCUAAUUCCACCUACCAUGGAGUGGUAAAUUGGUUAGGUGAACUCCUCCAACCGUUACACAAGAUGGUAGUAAAUCAUAGUGUUAAAGACGUUUUUGAAUUUAUUGCUAACGCGGAUGAUAUCAAUGUAAAUGGGAAGCAAAUGCUGUCCUUAGAUGUAGCAUCACUGUUUACCAAUGUACCACUUAUGGAGACUGUUGAAUUCAUAUGCCAACAGACACUAAGAAAACAGUUCGACAUCGGAAUUCCAGUUAUUAGUCUAAAGAGUUGCUUUUAUGAUGUACUGUGGAUGUACCCUUCACAUUCAACAACAUUUACUACAGACAAAUCGACGGCAUUGCCAUGGGUUCUCCAUUGGGGCUAUUUUUGGCAGAUUUCUUUCUUGCUAAGGUUGAAAAUGGUCCAUUGAAUCAAGUAAUAGAAAAAACUCAUUCUUAUUUUCGAUAUGUUGAUGAUACGUUUAUUAUUCUUGAUGUGAAAGCUGACAAGAAUGAAAUGUUAAAAAAGUUUAAUGAUGCACAUCCAUCACUCAUCUUCACUUGUGAAGGAGAACAUGAUGGUAGACUACAUUUCUUGGACGUCCAAUUGAGCAGAAGAGAGGAUGGUUCACUCAAGGGAGAGGUCUAUAGAAAACCUACAUCUGUAGGACAGUAUACACACAUUUCCUCAGUUUUGUAUUAAUUCGAUACAAAGUCAAUUUGGUCAGAUGCCUCCCGAAUAGAGCAAGACGUAUC